GGCGGUUAUGUGAACAGGUUUUCUUUUGGGUGUUGGAUGAUGGGAGGAGUACGGAGAUACGCAUGGAUACAUGCAUAUUCACAUACUCAUUCCCUCUCUCCCUUUCUCAUACAUGGAAAGAAACAAAAAAGUGGGAUCAGUGUGGUUUGCACAUCGUGGCUCUGUGUGUGUGUGUGUGUGUGUCUAUGUAGCCCUCUCGUUCUCUAUGUGUGUUGUGUGUGUGUGUAGAAGAUAUGUAUGUGUCUUAUAUUGAUAUGUGGAUCUGGACAGCGUUUGUAACUGCCGUUGCUAAGAGCCCUUUGACUCUUUUACUUUUCG